AUGUCGUCGUCCGGUGGCAAGGUGUUCACCCUCGAGGAGGUCGCCAAGCACACCUCCAAGGACGACUGCUGGCUAGUCAUCGGCGGCAAGGUGUACAAUGUGACCAAGUUUCUUGAUGACCACCCUGGAGGCGACGAUGUCUUGCUGUCUUCAACCGCCAAGGACGCGACCGACGACUUUGAGGAUGUGGGGCACAGCACGACCGCCCGGGCGAUGAUGGAUGAGUACUAUGUUGGUGAGAUCGACGCGACCACGAUACCCACCAAGGUCAAGUACACGCCGCCCAAGCAGCCGCACUACAACCAGGACAAGACCCCCGAGUUCGUCAUCAAGAUCCUCCAGUUCUUGGUCCCCCUCGCGAUACUGGGCUUGGCCGUCGCCGUACGGAUCUACACCAAGGCGGAGUCUGUCUAG